ACUUACUCCCCGAGGAAGCUCUGGAUGUGCUGCUGACAGUGGCCCAGGUACCCCCCUCCGUGCAGGGUGGAGUUGGAGACCAGCAGCAGGCGCCGUGGGCAGCCCAUGCCUGCCCGUGUACUCUGCCCGUCCCGGCCCGCCCCUUCCUGCCCCGCCGCGAGGCCGCGGGGUGGGGCCGAGCUCCGGCUGCUGCUCCUGCCCGGCCCUGCCAUGCUGGACUUCGCGAUCUUUGCCGUCACCUUCCUGCUCAUCCUUGUGGGCGCCGUGCUCUACCUCUACCCGGCAUCCAGGCAGGCGUCAGGCAUCCCUGGGCUGGCACCAACUGAUGACAAGGAUGGCAACCUGCCAGACAUCAUUGCCAGCAGAAGUUUGCAUGAGUUCCUGGUGAACCUUCAUGAGAAAUAUGGCCCACUGGUCUCCUUCUGGUUUGGAAGGCGCCUUGUUGUCAGCCUUGGCUCCAUUGAUCUCCUGAAACAACAUGUGAAUCCCAACCGAUCAUCGGAUCCCUUUGAGAUGAUGUUGAAAUCCUUCUUGAGGUACCAGUCCAGCCUGAAUGGGGAUACGGGGGAAAGCCACCUGAGAAGAAAGCUGUAUGAAAAUGGUGUGACUAAGUCCCUGCAAAGUAACUUAACUCUUAUCCAGAAGUUGUCAGAAGAAUUGUUAGCCAAGUGGCUCUCCCUCCCUGAGGCUCAACACGUACCACUCUGCCAGCACAUGCUGGGCUUUGCCAUGAAGUCUGUUACGCAGACAGCUAUGGGGAGCAGCUUUGAAGAUGACCAGGAAGUAAUUCGAUUCCGCAGACACCAUGAUGCAAUCUGGUCAGAGAUUGGGAAAGGUUUUUUGGAUGGGUCCCUUGACAAAAACACAACUAGGAAGAAGCUGUAUGAAGAUGCUCUGAAAGAGAUGGAAUCUACCUUAAGGAAAGUCAUAAAAGAACGCCGAGGCAGAUCAUUCAAUAGACAUGUCUUUAUAGAUACCUUGCUACAGGGGAGCCUUAGUGACCAGCAGAUUUUGGAAGAUACAAUGAUUUUCUCCUUGGCAGGAUGCAUAAUUACUGCUAACUUGUGUACCUGGGCAGUCUAUUUCCUGACAACGUCAGAAGAUGUACAGCAGAAUCUCUACAAGGAGGUGGACCAUGUUCUGGGGAAGGGACCAAUUACACAUGAGAAAAUCGAGCAACUCAGAUACUGUCGGCAAGUCCUGUGCGAGACAGUGCGAACAGCAAAGCUUACUCCCAUUGCUGCACAGCUGCAGGAGCUGGAGGGCAGAGUCGACCAACAUACUGUCCCCAAAGAGACGCUUGUACUUUAUGCUCUUGGUGUGAUGUUGCAGGAUAGUUCAUCUUGGCCAUCACCAUACAAAUUUGACCCAGAGAGAUUCAAUGAGGAUUCAGCCAUGACAAACCUCUCCUUGUUGGGUUUUUCAGGAAGCCAGGAGUGCCCAGAGUUGAGGUUUGCCUAUAUGGUGGCUACAGUUCUGUUGAGUGUCCUGGUAAGAAAACUGUACCUUCACCCAGUUAAAGGACAAGUCAUGGAGACCAAAUAUGAGCUGGUAACCUCACCGAAGGAGGAAGCCUGGAUAAUGGUGUCUAAGAGAAGCUAAGAAGAAGCAAAAUGAGGGUCUGAAAGUGCCAGCGGUGAAGUUCUGGACAAGUUUCUUAGAGAGAAUCAUGCUGGCGACACAGUGACUCAGACAAAGAAUUUUACAUGCAGAUUUUGUUACCUUCCACAAUAUUAACCACAUACCCUUCUUGGGUAAUUUUUUCUAAUUCAGCCAAUAGUUGUAUUAAAGUAGAUGUUCUGUAUGCUUUUUUACACUUACUGCCCAAAGGAUUGCAAAGAAGGCAACAAAACCAAGCAGUGGUGUAUCUAUGAACUGUUCAGUACCAGCUAGUAAAAGACUGGGCCUCUCGUUAGUCCAGCCCCCUCCCAGUGGCAGGCAGAUCUAGGUAAGAGACUGUGCCGCAGGGCAUGGUUCCUUAUGGAUCCCAAGUAGAUAAGACCUUGAAGGCACAAGGACAAAGUCUUUCCCUAUAUAUAGGUAUUUUUAUUCAAAGUGUCUUUCCUUCCCUUGAGCUAUAGCUAUAACUGUCAAGAAGAGCAGAUACAUCUUGUGGGAAGUAUGCGUGAGUGUGUGUGAGAGAGAGAGAAAAAGAGUGGGGUGGGAAUUGCACCAUCGGGUCUCAUGCUGCAUGUGUAAUCUUCCUGUGCUGUAGGAUUGCAAGAGAAUUGAUGGCUGAAAAAUGCUAGUAAAUGAGGAGGAAUAAAAUUGGUUUGGCCCCCAAGAAAACAGAAGCAUUAGUAAUAACAUAAUGAAAUGAAAUAAAACCACAGAACAAAGCCCUGAGAAAGGGAUUCUCCAUCCUGACAGUUCGGAGGGCGGCGUCUAAUCUAAUCAGCAUCAGAAAUUGAUGACAGGUGCUUGCAAUUCAUUCAUCACUCAGUCAGCAAUGAGAUUGGUCAUGCAAGUACUGGAAAGGGAGAGUGCUGUUUUUAUAGGGCUCUGAAUUAAUGUUGUGUUUAAUAAGUUAAAAGCCUUUCAAAGAACCUUCCUCCUCCUCCAGAACAAGUGCCAGCCAAAGCAGCAUCACAUGCCACUCGUUCAUGUGCUUUUCCCUGCUUCUUUCUUUCUCUCCUGGCUGUAAUAGGCCAGCCCUUGACAGAUUUUUCAGCACCCUGCUGAAUUGCUUGCAAGACAGGGACCUUUUACCCCUUUAUCUCAGUACUAUUACUGCCACCUGACCUAUUCGGAGUAUGUUUCUUCUACUUCCAAUUUUAUAUGGGAUCACCCUUUAUCUGAUCUUGAUCUUUUGCACAUAAACAUAACCUUUAUGUUAGCUCCAGUUGUUAGCCCCCUCCCCACCCAAAUGCCGUGUUGUGUAGGUGAAUAGUUGCUCAGCCUGCAGCUGUGUAUGCCUGAGCUGUUUUGCACACAGCUACUGAUGCACCCCACAGGGAGGUUCAGGGAUGUGUAGCUUCCAUUAGAGCGGCUUUCUACUGCCUCUGCAAACAGGGAACACUUCUCGUAGAGGCACGUGUAUUUUAUUUAUCUGGGUAGUUGCAAUUCCCAGUGCAAUUCCUGACUGCAAAUACUGUUCCUUUCUCUGACUCUUCUGGGUCGGGAAAUCUGCUGCUCUUACAAAAACGUUUUGGCUGUUGUAUUGCUGCCAAGUGCUGUUCUGAAUGCAGUUCUGUCAGCUUUUGAAGGGUUAACAUCUGAUACCAGCCUCUGUGGGCACCCGACAAAGAAAAUUCUGCUUUUGGGUUUAAUAUGUCAGCUCUGCUUUCGGUGAAGCUGUGGAGAUUCAGAUUCUCCCCCCGUACUGCAGUGUGUGUUGGGGGAACGGUAGGACAGAGAUGCUGUUCUACUGUUUUUUGUCUGCUGGGCAGAAAAAGGAAGGUUGUGCAGUUCAUCUUGCUGCCUGUCUUGCAUUGAUUUUUAUAAUGAACUGCAAGAAAGCUCUUGCUAAUCUGACCUCCAUUUAACUGAAGGUUGGUCACGUCCCCAGAUGGCAAUUCUUGUUAGCCUUUGCUUCACUGCUUAUGCAAAAAUGCCUAUUUUUCUUGAAGGUUGCAGAUGUUUUCUAAGCCUUGUGGAGAAAUCAGCGUGAUAAAGGAUUUUACUUUAAAGCAUCCCUGGUGUACAGAGGAAGCAAAAUGGAGGGGAAAAAACGGUAGAAUAGCACUGCCCUGCUAAGAACCAGACUAGAAAUAGCUGACUUGGUCAUACACUUGAGUGGCUAAGACCUGCUUUCAUAGAGCCAUCUAGUAGGAGUGAAGCUUUCAGACAACAGAAAAGUUUCCCAGGAGUAAUUGAUCAUACUUCUCUUAACAGUAUCUCUCUGCCUUUCUGGAACUAUAUAGGCCAACUGCCUUGCAGCAGUUGCAGGAAUAAAUGGGAAUAAUUCCUUAUAAUAUGAUAAGAAUUUUCUGUCUGUACAGGUACUGCAUCCCGUAAGACAGUACUCUCAGUCUGGGCGGGUUAACAAACAUGCUAUGGGAGUCUGUCGCUGACAGGAGAGAAGAACAUGGCCCGAAGUGCUGGAGAAGGCCAAUGAUCAGUUUGUGUUUGCUCGAAACUGCUAUCAAGAAAAGGCCCUGACUCAUCAUUUCAGGUUAAGUAUUGAGCACUGAGAGAAAGGAGGGAAGUGAGGAUCUCUCAGGCAUUCCUUACUCAUUGCUCAGAGUGACACCAAGGACAUGGCCACAUUAUUUGCUGCAGUCUGUAAGUUUCCAUUCCACUCUUCAUGGCAAUCAUUUCAAACAGCCUAACUCAAGAUCACUGCUGAUCAGCCAAACCAUAGCUCCUUCUGUUGUGCAGGAAAGCCCUUUCUUUCUAUGGGAGUGUUCAUGGUUCAGAGCUUUCUCAUGGAGUUUUAGUAUGUUCGAGCUGGAAGCUUGAAAUACCGGUUUUGUUCCAUUUCUCCCCUCACCCCUUGGCCCACGUACACUGUCAAGUGGUUCUUUUUUGGUCUGGUUUUCCGAGGAAGAUGUUGUAAGAAUUUGCCUCUCACCACGUUUGCAUCUGACCAUUUUCCCCCUUUCUCCUCCUCUUACAAGGAGUAACUUUUGAGCCCUUAGAUCAAAUCAGCUGCAUUUAGCAAGGAUCAGGGUUAGAAAUCUCAACAGAAAUUUAUAAUACGUAUACAUAUAUAAUACAGGAAACUAUUACUUUUUAUGCUUCAUAUCCCUACACCAGAAAGCUACUUCAGAAAUUCCACUGGGUGAUUUUGAAGAGCAUACAGCAAAGCUGUCAUUUCAUUCCUUGGACUAUUACUGCAGAACAAGCUUUAACAGAAGGCUGCAGAUUAAUGGAAGGCAAGAAGCUAAAUAUAUCUCGGUGCCUGUGCAACCUGCUGCUAUCAGAAGCAGGCAGCCAGCACAGGUGCUGGGAGCAGUCAGGCCAUUGCAAAUUGACUCUCUUGGUGUCUGACGAAGGUGUAUGCUUCUGCCCCUCAUCCUAGUGGCAACUGGUUUAACAUUUAACAUAACUUUGUGGAGUAGACAGCUUGUUGAGCUAGCCUCUCACUACCUCCAAAAUAACCAUGAGUGGCAUUACGUCUAGGUUUUAAUUAACCUGGGCUGCAUGUAGAGCUGUUAUUGCAAAGUAGUAAUAUAUGUCUCCUUUUCCCAGCAGUUUAAGGACUUGCUGGUAAUGGCAGUAGCAUGCAGUGCAGGGCUGAGGGUUGUUCGUUUUAUUUUCUGCCAUUUAAUGGAAAGGAUGGUCUUUGCAACUUCUGUCCUGUUUGCUGCAAAAGUAAGUGUUGUUUGUUGGACAGAGUGGACGUUUGCAGAUUUAAAGUACCUUGGGGGCUGUUCUUUUGCCAGCUCCACCAUUAGCCAAUUACACGAACCAGGGGCUGCUGGCAAUGCAAAAUGGGAAAACCAUGUAUUUAUCUCACUGCAUACUUCAUUCAUCAACGUUUUGGUGCUACCUGACCCACAGUUAACUAGUGUUGCCAUCCUACUGUCUCAGGUAAUGUGUGCAUUCUUACUGAAAACGAGAGGUCUCGCCUCUUACUAGGGCCAUGGCCAACCUUCCCAACGUUUCUGCUCUUGCUACAGGAAGGGCUUCCUGGCAGGCACCCUUGGAUAUAGAUAUAUCCUGGUCAGCAGAGUGAAGUCUGCAGAUUAUGUGUUUGGAUCCUUUUGCAGGGUGAAUCAAAUUGGGUAGAGCAGUACCUUCGUGAAAGCACGUAGAGCAUACAGGACUUUCCCCAUUUCCAUACCCAUUUUAUCAAGAGUGACAGGAAAAGAGAAAAAAGAUUUAUGAAGAGAAUGCAAAUGUUCAUCACUAGUGGGUCAUGCCACCAAGAAGUGGAACUGUUGUCGUUUCUGUGGCAGCUUGUUGCUACUUUCCACUUGUCCAAAGCAGAAACUGCAUUGAAAUAUUACAGCCAUCUUUCUCUGUAGCAUGAGAGUGUGUGCCCAUUUUGGCAUCUCUCUCUAGUUGAGCUCAGGGCUGUUUUUUAGCAAUCAGUCUUCAGCUAAACAAAAGGCCUGUUUGACAUCUCUUAAGAUUCAAUGCCAGAUUUUUGGUGGUAGCAGACGGAGAAGAGGAACUACCGCACACAGGAAAAAAAGAAAAAAGAUGAAGAAAAUGUUCCUCACAUAUGGAGGGUGGGGAAGGAGAGAAGAUAAGGGUUUCCAUGGCAACAUUCCUUGAAGAUAAGUAUUUUUAAAUCUGUGUGAAUUUUAGCAUUCAAAACACAGUUGUGUUUCCCACAAAAAGAUUUGGAGGAGGGUGGAGCGUAAAGAAUUUUUUCCCGUGCUUAUCAGGUCACUUCUUUUACAGAGGAGCAUGAACCCAGGAUAAAUGAAGUAUAUGCAAUUGCUCUGGUGUUAGUGCUCCUGUUAAAGAAAAGUCUUUCCGAGAGGCAAGAAGUAUUGGUCAGAGUUCUGUAUUUGCACUGGCAACUCUGGCACAAGCAUUUGAUCAUCUCUUUAAUAGGAAAAGUAAUUUAAUUAGAUCAGUGCUAGGCCAGUAAAAAGCCACAAGGACAAAUUCCAGGUUAAAUCCAGUGUAAAUUGGAGGAAGAUCUUUAUAGAUGACUCUCAGCUCAGUGAUAGUGAUGAUAAGGUAAUAGAGGUCUUGGACAAAGAGGAGGGGAGGUAGUAGAACUGAAUGCAGAGGAGACAGAUGCAAUGUGUCCCUGGUGAGUGCCUUGUUUGCAGCAAUGACAGUGAAACAUCACUGCAGGUAAGCAGUGGAUGUUCCUGUGACACUAUUAGGCAAGACAAGUUUGUGAUUUUUAUUGAGUAUCAGUGCUGGGGCUGCCCCUGACUCUGAAGUUUUUCUGCUCCCAUUUCCACGUAGCUGAGCUCCUUGUGGGCACUGGCAUGCUGUGCUCCCACCUCCUUGCUGGCGCCCAGGCAGGUCAGCUCUGUCACAAGCCUGGCAGUGAGACAGCCAAUGCUGUGCCUGCUUGGCUGCCAAGUUUCUCAUCUCACCAAGAAAAGCUUCUUUUUUUUUUUUUUUUUAACAGUCACUUCCAACUCAGUAAUGACUCAGACACUGCAGCAAGGGUAAAAUGAUCAUCUUCCCUUUCAGACUUUUACAGCAGAAGGCCCUGGGUGGCCUCUCUGAAAAACCAGAGCUUGCUGGGCAUAGCUGUUGGCUGGAUUCGGUUCUUUAAUUUAACGGAUCGAACUGAUGCUCCUACAGUGCUAUAUAUCUGCUGGCUCAGGGUCUGUGCUUCAGCAAUGGACUAAAUGAUUCCUACAAGCUAUUUGUGUUCAGCAGUCUUAGCGAGGGGUGCCUGAGUGGGAAAUAAUAGUCAUACAUAAAGAGAGGGUGCUAUUAGCUUUUCAGACUCUGUCCCAAUAUCCCUGGGCCAUGAAUCCAGGAAACAACACUAAAAAGAAAAGCAGUAAGUCAUAUUUGGGCACUUAUCUUUUGAGGUGAGAGAGGGGAAGCAAGUAAGGGUGUCUAAAAAAGGAAAGUUCAUAUUGUCGGACUGUGGAAAUCAGCACCUUGUAGCAUUGUUUUAUAUUGGCUGAGACCUUAAUACAGAAUAAACUCAGAUCUAGGUAAGGCAACUUACCAACAUCCCUAUGUCUUCAUUGAUAAAGCCUAAUGGGCAGUGUGGAAAAACCUGAAUUUUAUCACUCUUGGAUCCUCUGUUGGAAUUCACUGUUAUCAGUAAAUUAUUUUCAAUUUUGGGACUAGCAUUCAUGCCCUGAUGUCAGCACUAACAUGACAAUGCAUUUGUAGUUUCUUGGACUGAAAAGCAACUGACCUGCUGAUGCAGGGCUUAUUAGUUGCGAGUUAUUGAUUAAAUAUAUCAUGUUUAUCCCUUCACUUUAGUUAAGACUGAUACGCAUUUUGCGCUACACACUGAUGCUCUCGUUCCAUGCGUUUGCCUUACAGCUGAGCCCUGGAAGGUGCAGGAGCUCUGGAAUAUCUAAAUAACAGAAGUGCAGCAACUUCAGUCUCUGCUUGGCAACCUUCAGCAUCCAGUGUGUCACAAGCUGGCUCUUACUCCAUCCUUGGGUGCUUGUAAGUUAGCCUGUUACAGAAGUGGGUUUCAGGACACCGUGGGCAUUAGAUGGCUGUAAAUGGAUUGCUGCUGUGCCAGGGAGCUGUUCCCUUGUUGCACCACUUACGAGCAUCCUCACAUAGCUCUAAGCCCUGCAAAUAGAGUUUCCAAGCCAAAAAGUCCUGCCUUCAGGCAGACUGGCUGCCUGUGCUUGGGGAGAAAGGUAGUUGGUUGCCCACUGUGUGGCAGAUUAGCUUCUUACCACGUCCUGGCUCUGUGGGGUGGCUGUCUUGCUUUUGCAAGCUCUUCCAGGAGUCUGAGUGGAGGAAAGGUGCCUUGAGAGAAGAAGACCCAUGUGAGCUAAUGGGAGCUGACAGGGAUGCCUGCAAGAAUACACCAUUGCAUAUUGUAAAAAAACCAGCUGAACCAAUGGUUACAUCUGCCCCACAUUCAUUGAUGAGCAGGGUAUUUGCUGACAGAAAGUGUUCGGAGCACUUAGUGUUUCCACCAUGCAGAAUUCAUAUUAAAUUUGUAGGAGUCUAUGCCUUGAUUUUGUGGUAUUUUUCUUGUAAAAGGAAGGAGCAAACUCACUGCUUGCUAGCAAUCUGCUCUAAAUUAACCUCAGGCGUGGGCCUGUGCCUGCAAACCUUUGUAUGACUGUGACUGUUAUUUAUGCUGUGUGAUUGCACUGAACGCCACUGAGUAUUCAUAUGUUAGCCUAGAAUCUAGUUGUGGCUUUUACAAACCAAGUUUUUGAAAUUGCUUAGGUGUUUGAAUUUUGAAUAUUCCAUUAAGCACCUACCUAAGUGCCUAGAAGUCUCUGCAAAUCCGGUAUAGCAGCAAUGCAAAGAAAAAGGAAAUGAUAUGUAGGGUUUGCUGGAUCAGGCCUCUGGUUUUAUACCCCAAAAGCUGCGUAGCAGCAAUAGCUAAGUAGGGCUUAUUGCUGUAUAUGCAGUAGUUCAUAGUGAACCUCUUUUGUGCUUAAGGAAGCUUGAUGGUGACUUUUGCACAGUAAAGGUAAAAAUACUGCAAACCUA